AUGUCGGGCGGCCUCGAGGAGGUGACAGACUUCGCCGCGUGGCUCCGGGACCUCAGAGCUGCCUUACGCGCACAAGAUCGUCAUCGCCGGCAACCACGACCUGGGGAUGGACAGGACGUACGGUGGGCACCAAGGCAGCACGGACAGGGGCGCGGACUCCGACAAGGUCCGUGCCGCCUUCGCCGCCGCUUGUGGCGGCGAGGAGCGCGGCGUGAGAUACCUGGAAGACGAGGAUCCGAGUGCAGCGUGUGCGGCGUGCGAAUCUACGGCAGCCCGUGGCAGCCCGAGUUCGGCUUCUGGGCCUUCAACCUGCCGCGCGGGGAGGCGAUCCUCGAGAAGUGGCGCGCCGUGCCCGCCGGCGUGGACGUGCUGAUGGUGCACGGCCCCGCGCUGGGGCGCGGCGACGGGUGCCUGCCGUCGUGGAAGAGGGUGGGCUGCGCGGACUUGUUGCGCGAGGUCCAGGACAGGAUACGACCAGCAUUCCUCGUCUGCGGCCACGUGCACGAGAGCGCGGGGGUCACGUUCGACGGCACCACUCACUUCGUCAACGCGUGCUCGGUGGACGAGGACUACGACUGCGUGCACCCGCCGCUCGUGUUCGACAUCCCCGCGCGGAGCGGCGGCUGA